GCAAUCCUGAAUGUUUGGAGGCCAAUCCAUGCGGUUCAAGACAAUCAUCUUGGUUUCUGCAAAUGGGAUUCACUUGUGAAAGAAGAUGCUGUGGAAGCUAACAUCAAACCAGACGGAUCCUGGAAUUCACUUCAGGCAUGGAAGUAUAGAAAAGAUCAAAAGUGGUUUUAUCUCAGCGAACAGAAACCCCAUGAAGCAUUUGUCUUCAUGCAACAUGAUAGCCGUGCACCAGAUGGCCAUGGUAUCAAUGUACCCCACGCUUCUUUCAAUCUAGAAAAAGAUGCCGAUAAACCACCUACACGAAUGAGCUUUGAGGCUAGA